UUUCACUAGAUGGACUCGCAGGUGAGACUAAUCCCAAGUACUCACCCCCUUCGAAAGGAGGGCCUCCACGUGGUGAUCCCUGGUAACGCUUAUAGCGGCUAAUGCGAGCCAAACCCGCACCUUCCCAUUCCUAAAUAUUCCCUACUAUCAACAUUUCAAUACCCCUAUCCCUCUCCACCUCCAUCUUCCCCCCCAAUCCGGAAUUUGCACGUGUUCAUCGGACUUGUUUGCAGUCGGGGGUAACAGACUGUAUUCUAGCGUCGCACCUCAAUGAUACCUGCCCGCCUCAUUGAGUAACUGUGGGCUUACCGUGUUAUCGGGGGCUAUGACACGGCGGACCUCCUUUCCCCCACACUCGUGGGAAUUUAAUGGAACAUAAUUUGAAUAAAAAUAAUAAAAACAAUAUAAAAAACCAGCAGGAACACACACUGCAAAUAAACUGGUAAAUCGGUCGGAGUCUGAUAUCCAACAUACCGAUCGCCAGGCACCCUUUCCAAAACGGAAAGCGGAAAAAAGUACUGAGGGCAAAGAAGCUAGGAACAAUACUAGCUCUCUGCCAACUGAAUCAAAAACGGAACUUUCGUUACGAAAAGGAAGUCAAGGAACUCUGGGUUCAAAGGUUGCACCAAAAGAUGUAACGAUCGAAACACUACCACAGCCCUCGACAAGCACUGGACUAAACUCCGGCCAAAGCUUUCGCGACGCCAGGAAAUCUACUGGUUUGAGCGGUGCGGGUACAAAAUGGUACCUGCGCUAUCUCAAAGAAGGCUUAGCACCGGAGGCAGCCAAGGAAAAGGCGCUCAAUCGGCCGAGGGGCAAUCAAGACUCUAAGAAGAGGUCUGCCCAAGAAAUUAGUCCGAUCGAUCAUCAAUCAGCUAAGAAAAGAAGAGGGAAUGAGAAACCUCCACAAGCAAAGGAUGGUACGCAAAUGACAGCACCAAAACAACCGAGAAAAAUAAUAUCGGGUAGCAGUUACGCUAAUGUAGCCAAGAGCUUAAGAAUAGCAAUUCUUCCGAAAUCUUACCCGGAAUCAAAUCUCUCUAGGGAGGAGCAAGGUAAAAUCGAGGAACUUCUCAUUGAGGAGAUGUAUAAAGGAUGGGAUGCCAAGCUACGAUUUAGCGGGAUACACUUUCGCCCAGGACUUAUACUGGUUGACUGCGUAGACGAGGAUGCGGCUAAUUUUAUCCAUGGAACGGCACCUAAGCUGAACAGAUGGGAAGGUGCUGAACUCACCACGUGUGUCGGGGACAAAAUACCGAAAUUACACAUGUUGACAGUCUACCUCCCAAGAGCUAAAGGGGUCGACACGGAAAAGCUGCUAAAACUACUCAUAACUCAAAAUGAGGGUCUACAUACUCAGAUGUGGAGAGUUUUUAGCAGCAAGGAUCUGAAAAAUGGCAAACUCCUAACAAUCGGGAUUGACAACCGGUCUCAGGAAGCCAUAACAACCAACGGCUGUAGGAUCUUCUACAGGUUCAGUUCCGUACCAAUUCACCUGCAUAAGGGACGAGACAACAAGGAAAGAAGUAACUCAGCUGGGGAAAAUACACCAGCUGUAGGAACGAUACCUGCAACUGUUGCGGAACUAGUGGAGGAGGAGGCGACCAGGAGCGAGAAGAUUGAAGAUAUCAGCGUGCUACCUCACGAGAGUGAGGACAUUGAGAAUCUAGAUCUCUCUCUACUGAACUUGGCGUCCGAGGAAGACUCCGAAAGAAUCUUUCUGUCAGACACCGACGACGGUCUGAUAGAAGAAACGAAGGAGGAAUAACCACCUGAUGACCAGCACUAGAAUCGCCCAAAUAAAUAUCCACCAUGCAAAAGCUGCGUCGGCAGUUAUUGCAAGGGCUACGCUCAAAUCGAACCUGAGCAUAGUGCUGGUCCAAGAACCCUGGAUUUACAGGGGUCGAAUCUGUGGUUUGACUGCAAAGAAUAUGCAGACAAUUUGGGAUAAUUUCUCUCCAGGGACCUCGUUGCCAUACAGAUUCCGGCUAACAUCAACGGAGUUCUACGGAACGUAGUCGUAGCUACAGGUUAUCUACCAGGAGACGACACUCAGGUACCAUCUGCAGAGGUCGUUAAACUGGUAAACUACUGCGAGAGAAUGAAAUUGCCUCUUAUACUCGGUUGCGACUCCAACGCACACAACGAAGUUUGGGGAAGCACUAACACCAAUAUAAGAGGUGAGUACCUUUUAGAAUUUAUAACUAGUAAAAAAUUAGAAAUAUGUAAUGUAGGUAAUACACCAACAUUUGUAACUAUCUCACGCAAAGAGGUCCUAGAUAUUACUAUAGGAAAUACUCGAGGUUGUGAGCUUGUGAAAAACUGGAGAGUAUCCAGUGAACCAUCUAUGUCUGAUCAUAGAAUUCUAAGGUUCGACAUUGAAGGUUCACCAAUUAACAAAAAAUUUUAAGGAACCCAAGAAAAACAAAUUGGGAGAACUACACGGAAAAUCUGAAAGACAAUCUUGUCCAAUUAGGGCUAGAUGAAAUCAUUCAGAAUGAAAUUCAAUUAGAAAAUUACCUAGAAAACCUUAAUGGGGCCAUACUAAAUGCAUAUGAGGAUAGCUGUCCAUUAAGCCUGA